AACCAGGAACCUUUGAAAUACUAAGGCUGAAAAUAGAGGAGUUUUGUUUUGUAUAUGUUUGGAAUGAAAGACCUUAGAAUUUGAUCUGAUUAAUAAGUGGCAUACUUGUUUGGAAUCAAGCAUGUAUGUUUUUCUGAGUAAAAAAAAACAGAUAGUCUUUUUAAUAGGUUAAUGUAACUAACAAGGACAAAUCGGAAAUGCUUCUUCUCUAGUUGCUUUAUUAAAUCAAGUUAUGACAAUAAUUUGAUUGUCCUUUUAUGCAGAGCAUCUUAGGAAACAAUGAUACCUCCCUCUUUCUUCCAUCAACUCGUCUCGAAUCCCUUCAUUUUGAAUCCAUGAGACAAAGUUCCCUUUAUAUACAUAAUAACCUCAAAACAAGAUGGCCACAAUCACUAGUGAUUUAGCAGGGAAUUCUCAAAUUUAUGACAGAAAAAGUGAACUAAAAAACUUUGAUGAGUCAAAGGUUGGUGUCCAAGGACUUGUAGAAAAUGGUGUCACAAAAGUUCCACGUAUGUUCCAUUGUGAACAAUCUAAUAUCAAUGAUCUCUCAAUCAGUGAAUCAAAUUUAAAGCUUAGCAUCCCUACAAUUGACUUAACAGGAAUCCACGAUGAUCCUCUUUUGAGAGAUGAAGUUGUGAGAAAAGUUCAAAAUGCAAGUGAGAAAUGGGGAUUCUUUCAAGUGAUAAAUCAUGGAAUUCCAACACAUAUUUUGGAUGAGAUGAUCAAAGGAACUUGUAGAUUUCACCAACAAGAUGCCAAGGCGAGGAAGGAGUACUACACCCGUGAUCUCACCAAAAAAGUUGUUUAUCUCUCCAAUUUUACUCUUUACCAAGACCAAUCUGCUGAUUGGAGGGACACACUUGCAUUUUUCUGGGAACCUCAUCCCCCAAAAGCUGAAGAACUACCAAAAGUUUGCAGUGAUAUUGUGAGUGAGUACUCAAAAGAAGUAAAGGCUCUUGGUUAUUCUUUGUUUGAGUUAUUAUCAGAAGCUCUAGGUCUUAAUCGCUUUCACCUUAAAGAAAUGGGUGGUGCUGAAAAGUUUUUUCUCUUGUGUCACUAUUACCCACCAUGCCCUGAGCCAGAGUUAACCAUAGGCACUACAAAGCACACGGACGGUAGCUUUAUGACAAUACUUCUGCAGGAUCAUGUUGGUGGCUUACAAGUUCUUCAUGACAAUCAAUGGGUUGAUGUGCCUCCCUCUCAUGGUGCCCUUGUAGUGAACAUUGGGGAUCUUUUGAAGAUUGUGAGUAAUGAUAAGUUCACAAGUGUUCAACACAGAGUUUUAGCAAAACAUGCUGGCCCAAGAAUUUCAAUCGCAUCCCUUUUUAGAGCACAUGAAUCCGAGGGAAUGCCAAAAGUGAUUGGUCCAAUCAAGGAACUGUUAUCUAAAGAAAAUCUACCAAUAUAUAGAGACACUUCUUUGAAAGAGUUCUUGGCACAUCGUUUUACAAACGGCAUUGGAUUUUCUGCACUUUCAACCAACAGGUUGUGAGUUAUGAACAAAUUGCAUGCAAUCUUGGAUGUUUGUUUAUUCACAAUCUUGGAUUUUAGCUUGCAACGCAAAGGUGCAAUUUAGUUUUUACUUUGAUUAAUCUAUUGUUAAGCUCUUAAAGUCUUCCAUAAUUGACAACCAUGGUCUCGGUCUCAUGGGUGCUGGUCAAUUUUCCGUAAAGGUUUAUGCAUUAGACACUAUCAUGGGCGAGGUUGGAUUACAGGGUCGAAUCUGGUGGGCAUCCUGGGCCGCACGGGUGGUGCUCAUUUACCAUUGCUCGCAGAGCCGGCUGAGAAGGAUUAUUGGUAUAUGGUAGUAUAGUGUCUUGAUGACAUUUUCUUCUCUGCAUAUAUUCUUGGUAGUUGCAUAAUGUGUGAUGAAUUCUAGGUGCAUAUGGUUGUGAUAAGAGAACAAUAUUGCAUGUGAACUUAGGUAUGUUUAUGUAUGCGAAUUACUCGUAUGCUAGAAUAAAUUGGCAACAACAAUAACUGUGUGAUGGUUGUUGAAUAAAUGCGUUAAAUAUAUGUUAUUUGAAUUAUACCGUACUUGUAAUUCAUAACAAGUAUUAAAAAAUAUAUGUGAAAAUCACCAUGGUCCUUUCCUAGUGCACACCUAGCGCAAGGAUUUUGCAAGUUUUGAUAAAACAAUUGCCAUUUUUUAAAUGUUGUGAAUUCGUACUCAAAAUCACACCAAUAAACUUAGAUGUAUGGAGUAAAAGAAACACACCAAGUGUAAAACACAAAAUCACAAGCAAAGGAUAAAGAGAGAAGAGAAACAAACACACAAAGAUAUAUUUACCUAAUUCGGUCCAACAAUGACCUACUCUGGAGGAGAGAUUGAUCUCUCCAAUCCACUGUCAGUGAGUUCUUUGUAAAGAGAUACAAAACGGUAACAAGAAAUUAACCUUAACAAGUUAUAUAAAAACAAAACCUAAUUUCUACAAUUUUUCCAAUAUCUUCCCAAGAACAAGAGACUCAAUAAUUUCACUCAUCCAAUGCAUUUACAAAUGUUUCCCAACCCAAAAGAACCUCUCACCAAAGACUCAUCACAAGUUUCUCUCUCUUGAAGCCCUACUCAAAACAUGAAGAAUGAAGCUUUGAAUAGUGCAUAGGUUCCGUCAAAUCGUGUCACAAUUUGCACACACCCUGCCACGAUUUCACGUUAGCAUACAUAGUACACUACUAACAUUAUCCUCAAAAUCGUGUCAUGAUUUCUUUUCUUUCACACCACAAUUUUUGCGGAGUCAAACCUCCAAUUUCUGAAUCAAAACCGUGCCACCAUUUUUGCCAAAUCUUCAAUCAACAAUUUUGAGUCAAUUCUCUAACAUAAAAGAAUGCAUUUCUUCCACUUUCAUUGGUUAGUAUAGGAAUCUCUUUCCGUUGAAGUACUAUGGCUGAAAAUAAUAUAUGGUAUUUUUAAUAUGUUUGGAAUCAUAUUUGUAAUUUUUUCUUACGAUGAAACUUGUUUUGAUUAAUAAAUGACCUACUUGUUUGAUUCAAACUUAAUAGUUUUUUGUGACUUAAAAAAAU